UCCAGUGCACCAGCAAGGAUGCCAACCCCAAACAUUUCCAGUUCUUCAGCCAGAGGCUUCCGGCGGGCAGUAUCAGAGCUGGACUCCAAGCAAGCUGAGGCUAUUCUGUCACCACAGUUCAUUGGCAGAAGACAAAGCCUCAUUGAAGAUGCCAGAAAGGAGAGAGAAGCUGCGGCUGCUGCAGCUGCUGUGGCUGCUGCUUCUGCAUCUGAGACUACUGAGUCAACUGAAACCAUUGUAUUUGAAGAGAAGGAUGGGAUGGCCAUAUUGAACCUUCUGUUCACCCUCAAAGGAGCCAAGACUUCAUUGCCAUCACGGGCACUUAAAGUUUUUGAGACAUUUGAAGCCAAAAUUCAUCAUCUUGAAACAAGGCCCAGCAAGAAAUUACGAGAGGGAGCUAGAGUGGGAGCUAUGGAUCUGGAAUACUUUGUGCGUUGUGAACUGCGCAGCUGUGAUCUGAGCACACUCAUCAGUACUCUGAAAAGGGUUUCAGAAGAUGUAAGGAGCACAAAAGAAGACAAGUUUCAUUGGUUUCCAAGAAAAAUCUCUGAGCUGGAUAGAUGUCACCAUUUGGUUACUAAGUUCGACCCUGAUCUGGAUCUGGAUCACCCAGGAUUCUCUGACCCAGUAUAUCGGCAACGAAGGAAAAUGAUAGCAGAAAUUGCCUUCCACUAUAAGCAAGGUGACCCAAUUCCACGUGUGGAAUACACAGCAGAAGAAAUCAAUACCUGGAAGGAGGUGUACAGUACAUUGAAGAGUCUGUAUCCUACUCAUGCCUGUAAAGAACACCUGGAUGCCUUCCAUUUACUGGAGAGAUACAGUGGUUACAGUGAAAAUAACAUUCCUCAACUGGAAGAUGUCUCCCAAUUCCUAAAAGAGAGAACUGGGUUUCAGCUCCGACCUGUGGCUGGACUGCUCUCAGCUCGUGACUUCCUAGCCAGCUUGGCCUUCAGGGUAUUUCAGUGCACACAGUAUAUCCGCCAUGCAUCCUCUCCCAUGCACUCCCCAGAGCCGGAUUGCUGUCAUGAACUUCUGGGACAUGUACCAAUGCUGGCAGACAAAACAUUUGCACAAUUCUCCCAGGACAUUGGACUCGCAUCCUUGGGAGCAACAGAUGAAGAGAUUGAAAAACUUGCAACUCUUUACUGGUUCACAGUGGAGUUUGGUCUCUGCAAACAGAAUGGAAUCAUCAAAGCUUAUGGAGCUGGGCUCCUCUCUUCCUAUGGGGAGCUAAUACAUUCUUUGUCAGAUGAGCCAGAGCUGCGGGACUUUGACCCUGAUGCUACUGCUGUGCAGCCCUAUCAAGAUCAGACCUACCAACCUGUUUAUUUUGUAUCAGAGAGCUUCAGUGAUGCCAAAGCUAAACUCAGGGCCUAUGCAGCACGCAUCAAGCGUCCAUUUUCUGUGAAGUAUGAUCCGUACACAUUCAGCAUUGAGCUCCUGGACAGCCCACAGAAAAUCCACCGUUCCCUGGCAAAUGUCCGUGAUGAGCUCCACUUGCUAAUUGAUGCACUGAAUAUUAUUAGUUAACAUAAACAUGUGGAUGACACUUUUCUUCUCCAUGCUAAUGUUGAAUCCUGCAAUGGCUUCUUACAAAGGCUUCUUGACAUUGUGCCAAUUGGGCCAAUAUCUUCAACAGAAUUUCUUUUAGGGUUUUUGUUGCUGCUCAUCAGCAUAUUAUUCAACAAUCAGGCAUAUUUAGCGAAAAGCUACAUUGAAGAGAGGAAAGGAGGCUUAAGUGUCUUAAAUCCAGAAUCACCUGAGGAUCUUUUAUUUUAGCUUUGAGGGUCUUUUCUGCUAGCUUCAAGUUAAUGUGGAUUUGGUGCAAGGAGUGUCAAGUUAGGACAUUAAAAUAAAUGGAACAUUAAAAUAUGCAUUGCAUAUUGCAUAUACAUUGCAACUGGGGAAAAAAAUCAGGUCUUCUUUAGCUUUUUAGUGAACAUAUGAAGUUGCCUUAUACUGUGAAACCAUGGUAUUGUCUGGUGGCUGACAGAGGCUCUCAAUGGUUUUAUAAAGAAAAAAAUCUUUCCUAGCAGGCACUUUUUAUCAAAUCCUCUUUCCAAGGAACUCAAGGUAGAAAACAAAUUCACCUUCCCCAUGUUAUCUUUAGUGUAGUCCUGUGACAUAAAUUUAGGCUAAGAGAAUGACUAGCCUAAAGCCUCCCUAGGGUUUCUGGGCCUCUUACUAUGGCAGGAGAACAGUACUAUGCACAGAACAAUCCUUAGCAUAUUUUCUCAGAAGUAAGCCCUGGUGAAUUCAGUAGGGGGUAUCCUCUGGUAAAUAUGCUUAGUCAUGACCUUCUAAUUCUGCAACAUAACAAGAGUGAUUUUACAUAAAGAUCAAAAUUUAUUUUAUAAAUACCCUGUAAUUGCAAGAAUCAUUGCAACCAAUUUUAUGUGAUGACAUAUAGGGAAAGACCUCAGCGUUCUAACUGAUACUAUAUAAUGCAAUGAACUCUUCAGUUUGACAAUCCUCAUCUCUUAGUCUGGGAAGAAAUCCAGCAGCCUGAAACAAACUCUCAUACUAUGCAGUUACUCCUAUCAAAGUGCAUUUAUUUCAAUGGGCUUAGAAUUGAGUGACUUAGCAUAGGAUUAUAUUGUAACAAACACAGUCUGCAGUUGUAUGUGAAGGAACCUUGGGUUAGAAGUUGUAUGUGAAGUUGUAUGUGAAGGAACCUUGGGUUAGAAGGACCCACUGAUAUAAUUCUUUACAGGGACCAGCUAGAACAGGGGUCUGCAACCCGCGGCUCCGGAGCCACAUGUGGCUCUUUCAGCCUUAUACUGCGGCUCCCUGUGGCCUGGAGGUUG